AUGAUACCACGUGAAAGAAAGGAUUGCGCUACACUUCUAAGAGAUGAACGAAGUUCAAGACAAAAACACAACAAUAUAACACGGAAAAGAAGACUCGACCUGAUGAGGGAACUUGUACGAACGUAUGACGCAAGAAGCUUCAACGAACUGUACAAACGACUCAGUGUACAAGAUACAGACGACAUUUAUGCAGAGUAUGGUCCAACAUGGAAGGAGACUGCCGAGCACUCCAUCUCCAACUAUUGCAAAGAAAUCAUACUGGAGCAGGAAACAAUGACAUUCGAGCAAAUACUGACCAGUAAUCAUCACAGCAGAACCUGUCAACAUCCAAGUGACACAACACAGGGAGAAGAAUGGCUUGAUGAACUUAUACGAGUGAACAACAUCAACAAGCGUGAACUACUGGUAUCCCUAACGGCUAUAAUGAACAAACUCUGUACCAGAAAAAACGCAUUUGUCAUCGAAGGACCGACAACCACAGGGAAAACCUUAUUUGUAAAGCUCAUUGCAGAAAACUAUGUCUAUGGAACGGUUCAAAGAUCCGGGGACCAC